AUGGCGGGAGCUCAGAAGAAGUCCACCAAGAAGUUCGAGAAGAAGCACUUGAAAGACGUUCUUGAGCGCAGAAAAGCGGUUGCGAAAAUCAAGCAGCGCAACCACCUUAAGGAGAAGCGCAAAGCAGACAAUGCCAGGGGGCGAGGAGAAAACCGUGACGGCAGCGAAGAUGAUGAAGAAUCUGCCGACAAGGGAAAGAAGAAGAAUGCCUUCGCCGGAAUGAACGUCGACGACUUUUUCGCUGGAGGUUUCGAUAUCGCCGAUGCCGACGCCGACCAGGUCAAGAAGGCCCGCAAGAAGGACGUCACUCCUAAGACCGGAAAGCGCAAGCGCUCUGAGCAGCAGAAGGAUGAAGAGGAUGAGUCCGCCGCAUCGAGCGGUGAGGAGGAGGAAGCCGCCGUUGUCCAGAGUGACGACGAAUCAGGCUCCGAAGCCAGCGCCGACGCCUUCGAGGAACAUAAGGACCAGCUCGAGUCGUUGAAGGAGAAAGAUCCCGAAUUCUACAAGUACCUGAAAGAGAACGAUGCCGAGCUGCUGGACUUUGGAGACCACGGAGACUUGACGGAAGUGCUCGAGCUGAGCGAAGAUGAGGAGGAAGGUCCCGCAAAGAAGAAGAAAAAGAAGGCCGUUGAGGCAGAAGAGGAAGAAGAGGUGGUGGAUAACACACUUACCAUCGACAUGGUGAAGAAAUGGCAGAAGCUGAUGGAGGAGCAACACUCGAUUCGUGCGAUGCGCCAGACCGUUCUUGCUUUCCGUUCCGCGGCCUACCUUGAUGAAGUCGAUGGCCAGGAGCAGAAGUACUCCAUCUCGGACCCCGACGUCUAUCAUCAGGUUCUUGUCACAGCACUUGGCACCGUGCCCAAGACUCUGUCACACCAUCUCCCCGUCAAGGAGACCGCUGCUGGCAAGGUUAAAGUGUCUUUGGAUUCGAAGAAAUUCAAGACCCUUACUCCUCUCAUCAAGUCGCAUACCUCCUCCGUCCACCAAUUGCUCACGAAUCUCUCCGAUGCCCAGACGCUGAAGUUGACUCUCUCCUCCGUCGAGCCCAUGCUUCCAUAUCUCCUGCAGUUCAGGAAGCUCCUCAAGGCCCUGAUCAAGACCGUGGUCGGUAUCUGGGCCGAUGUCUCCACCACCGAGGCUACCCGGAUCACUGGUUUCCUCCUCUUACGGCGUCUGAUGGUCAUGGGAGAUGCCGGCAUCAAGGAGACUGUUCUCAAGACUUCCUACGAAGGAGUCGUCAAGGGCAGCCGUAACACGACGGUGCAUACGCUGCCCGGCGUGAACCUCAUGAAGAACUCCGCCGCCGAGCUCUGGGGCAUCGACCAGAACGUCUCCUACACGACAGGAUUCAACUUCAUCCGCCAACUCGCCAUCCACCUCCGCAGCAGCAUCACGAACACCUCCAAGGAAUCCUACAAGACCAUCUACAAUUGGCAGUACGUGCACUCGCUCGACUUCUGGUCGCGCGUGCUCUCCCAGCACUGCGACGGGCUCGCCGAAGCCAAAGCCGGCAAAGAGUCCGCCAUGCGCCCUCUGAUCUACCCCGUCGUCCAGAUCACAACCGGCGCCAUGCGCCUCAUCCCCACCGCGCAGUACUUCCCUCUCCGCUUCCAACUCACCCGCUCCCUCCUUCGUCUCUCCCGCGCCACCGGCACCUACAUCCCGCUCGCGCCCGCGCUCAUCGAAGUCCUCAACCUCGCCGAGAUGCGCAAGCCCCCGAAAUCCAGCACGCUCAAGCAGCUCGAUUUCACCACCGCCAUCCGCGCCCCCAAGUCCUACCUCCGCACCCGCGUCUACCAAGACGGCGUCGGCGAGCAGGUCGCCGAGCUUCUCUCCGAGUUCUUCGUCCUCUGGACCAAGCAUAUCGCCUUCCCCGAGCUCUCCGUGCCCAUCGUCGUCUCGCUGAAACGCUGGCUCAAGCAGGCCAGCUCGCGCAGCGGCGGAAACAAGAACUCCAAAGUCAACCAGAUGAUCCUUCUUCUCGUCCAGAAGGUCGAAGCCAACGCCCGCUGGAUCGAGGAGCGCCGCGCCAACGUCUCGUACACCCCGCGUAAUCGUGCCGAGGUCGAGACCUUCCUGAAGGAUGUGGAUUGGGCGGCGACGCCUCUCGGAGCGUUUGUGAAGUCUCAACGCAAGCUGCGCGAAGAGAAGGCUAAGAUUCUGGAAGAGGGUCGUCGGGAAGAGGAGAGACGCAGAGCGGCUGAGAAGGACGCGGAUAAGGAUAUGUUGAUGGAUGAUGCGGCUAGUGAGAGUGGAAGUGAUGACGAGGACGAUGAGGAUGUCGUUUCUUCCGAUGAAGGCGAGAAUGAGGAAGAGGAGGAGGAUGAAGAUGAAGAUGUGAUGGAAUUCGAAGAAGAGGACUAG